AUGGCGCGAAACUAAUUCAUUUUCGUAUCAAAGAAUUUUAAGCCCACCAGUUCUAGUGCUAGAUAGAAAUUUCAGUUUCAAAUAUUCUGGAUUAGGACAUCCUGUUCCACUGCUCUCUACAAUAAGGGUUUUGAUUCCCCAACCGCACAUAGAGCGAUCAUGCAUUCGAGCCAGUUCGACGGUGCCACGGCCUUCUCCGGUGGUGGUUUUAUGCCUUCUCAGGCAACUCAAGGCCCUGAACCUUCCUUUUCCUACUCCAAGAAUCGUGAUGCUCAGUCAUUGCUUCCUCUGACGGUCAAGCAGAUAAAUGAUGCAUUUCAGUCCAGCGAUGAUAAGUCUAAUAUGAUUAUCGAUGGCGUGGAUGUUAAUAAUGUCACUCUUGUAGGAAGGGUGUGCAACAAAGCUGGAAGGAUUACUGAUGUUACUUUUGUACUGGAUGAUGGGACUGGAAGGAUUGAGUGUAGUAAAUGGCUCCAGGAAGAUGCAGACACGAAUGAAGCGGAGGGUAUCAGGGAUGCAAUGUAUGUGCGCUUACAUGGACACUUGAAAGGUUUUCAGGGCAAAAGGACCUUAAAUGUAUUCUCUUUUAGGCCUUUGAACGACUUUAACGAGAUUGCAAGUCACUUCAUUGAUUGUAUAUACGUCCAUCUCUAUAAUACCAGGAUACGGAGUAGUGUGCCAAAACAGCAAUCUAUGAACAAUUCUUUACCUAUGAAUCCCACGAGAGGUUAUGAACCUGCCCCUCCAAAUCAAUUCUCUGGUCAGCACAACAACGGUCAGAAGAAUGUUGAAGAUAUGGUCUUAGAUAUCUUGCAUCUUCCCUCGAACAGUGUCAAAGAGGAGGGUGUCUCUCGGGACCUUAUUGCACAGCAUCUUGGAAUUCCUUUGGAUAAGCUCAUGUUAUCUAUAAAAAACCUUAUUGAGGAAGGCGCCAUUUAUGAAGCUAUAACUGAUCAUUAUAAGUCAAUCAUCAAUGGUUGACAUCUUGUCAACGACUUUAAUCCUAAUGUGGGCUGGUCUGAUAAUGAUUAUCCAUUGCAAAGUUGAUUCUGCUUAACCUUGUGCACAUUAUAGCAGUUAUGUUAAUUACGGACGGAAGCAAAGCCUUAGUGUUAGUGCCAAAUAUUGAUGUUAGUGUUUCUAGUUCUAUACUAUUGAUAACUUACGAUGAUAGCAUGAGUUAGUACAGAUUAACUGGUAGGUAAUUAGCCUAUCUUGUAAAACGGUUUGUAAUGAAUGAUCGGACCUUCAUUAAGGGCCUUUUUGUUGGAGUUAAAUGUUGUCAGAA